AUUCUAAGUGAUCCAUUCUGUUGCUAGUGCAGCAGUUUUGCUUGGGGUGAAAGCAUGAAGGACUUUUCUGAUCUGAGUUGUGGAUCUGAAGACUGAAACUCUUACAAAGUGCUGCGUGCUGACAACUUGACAGUGGCUAUGCCAUGAUGGAUUAUUUAUUUUGGACUCGGUGUGUAAAGGUGAAAUGCUACUUGCAGACACAACUAUGCAUGCAGUGUGCAGAUUUUACAGCUGACUUCCAGUUAUAAAAUAACUGAGAAAAACUAGCCAUCUGCUAUCAGCUAUGUAGUUGUUUACUAACUGAAAGUAGAAAAAUGGAAGUAAAGAGACUCAGUAUUGUCAUUUGUAAGCAAAGUUCAGGAGCAUGAGUCGAAGAGAAGCUAGCAAACAAGCCCCAAUUGACUUCCUCGAGAUCCCUGCAAGUGCAACACCCCUUCUCAUCUUUUCUUUUUGGAAGAGGAACACCCUUCUCAUCUUCACCUAUAUUAACCUGGUAGGCAUGUCAUCCUCUGACGGAAAUCCUGAGAGGUGACUUAGUUACAGCUUAAGCAAUGGACGUUCCCCUGGCACUCCCUUUUGCCACCCUCGUCGUGGUCCUUCUGCUCUGCUCCGGCCCCAUCGCGGCCGAGGUGGAUGCCACAGCUGUGCUUGGAGAGGCGGUCCUGACACUUGACGCAGGCAACUUCUCAGAGGUGGUGGCCAAGCACGAGUUCAUAGUCGUCGAGUUCUACGCGCCAUGGUGUGGCCACUGCAAGGAGCUCGCUCCAGAGUACGAGAAGGCAGCCUCCAUGCUGAGGAAGCGCGACCCUCCAGUGGUGCUCGCGAAGGUGGAUGCGUACGACGAGAGCAACAAGGAGCUCAAGGACAAGUACAAGAUACAUGGGUAUCCGGCCAUCAAGAUCAUCAGGAAAGGAGGGAGCGACUUGAGCGCCUAUGGUGGCCCGAGGGACGCGGAGGGUAUCGUGGAGUACCUCACGAGGCAGGUCGGCCCAGCAUCUCUCGAGAUCAGGUCUGCAGUGGAUGCCUCACGCUCCAUCGGUGACAAAGGGGGGGUGGUCCUUGUGGGUGUAUUUCCUGAGUUUGCUGGUAUUGAGUAUGAGAAUUUUAUGGCCGUGGCAAACAAGAUGCGAACAGACUAUGAUUUCUUUCACACAUCGGAUGCGAGCAUUCUGCCACGUGGUGAUCUGACCGUCAAGGGCCCCCUUCUUCGACUCUUUAAGCCAUUCGAUGAGCUGUUUGUCGAUUCACAAGAUUUUGAUGAUGAUGCAAUCAAGAAGUUUAUUGAGGUGUCUGGUUUCCCUACUGUAGUUACCUUCGAUGCAGACCCGACCAACCAUAAGUUUAUUGAAAGAUACUACAGCACGCCUAGUGCCAAAGCAAUGCUUUUCUUGCGCUUCAGUGACGACAGAGUUGAGACCUUCAAGAGCCAGAUGCAUGAAGCAGCCAGGCAGCUCAGCGGUAAUAACAUCAGUUUUCUGAUUGGUGAUGUUUCAACCGCAGACCGUGCCUUCGAGUAUUUCGGGCUCAAAGAAAGUCAUGUUCCCCUCCUCCUCGUGCUAGCAUCUACUGGAAAAUAUCUCAAUCCAACCAUGGAGCCUGACCAGCUCAUACCCUGGAUGAAGCAGUAUAUAUAUGGCAACUUAACACCUUAUGUUAAGUCAGAGCCAAUUCCUAAGGUGAAUGAUCAACCUGUUAAAGUUGUCGUGGCUGACAAUAUUGAUGAAAUUGUUUUUAACUCUGGCAAAAAUGUUCUACUCGAGUUCUAUGCACCUUGGUGCGGUCAUUGCCGGAAGUUGGCCCCGAUUCUGGAGGAAGUUGCUAUCUCGUUGCAAGACGAUGAAGAUGUAGUCAUAGCGAAGAUGGAUGGUACUGCGAACGAUGUCCCGACAGACUUUGCGGUCGAGGGAUACCCAGCGCUGUACUUCUAUUCUUCUAGUGGAGGGGAUCUCUUGAUGUAUGACGGUCCAAGGACAGCCGAUGAGAUCAUCAGUUUUAUCAAGAAGAACAGGGGGGCCAAAGCUGCUGCAGUAGAAGUAACCCAGAUGGAUGCUGUAGAAGAGGAGGUAACAUCACCGACUCCAUCGGAGUCCGUUAAAGAUGAACUUUAGUCAAGAUGUAUGCAUCGAAGCUGAGGAUAUCACACUGCAUGGUAUACAGACAUGAGUGCAGGAUGUUUGUUCAGAUCAGUCUUGGCUUAGUGACAGACCAUACAGAUACAAAUUCUUACCAGUCGUUGCACUGUGGAUUUGUGAUGCCUAAACACCUUUGAAAUGAAUAAGCUUCAUGUAGCCCCCUUUUAUUUCCAUCUCCUAUUUUGUGCAACCAGGUGCCUUAUUCAUGAAUGUAUUUUCAAAUUGAGGAAUUCAACAAAGUAGACACAAUAUCGCUUUAUUUCUCUGCAAAAUGGUGGUCGCUUAUGAAUUGUGCCCACCCCGAACCUUAGCCACGGCCAC